GUAAAUCGCAGGCUGAAGCGCGAGAUCGAGAUCCACUUACACCUCGUAUACAAGCACGUGGCCCGCCUAUACGCUGCGUUCUUGAGUGACCGGGUGGUGCUCGUCCAGGAAUAUGCGGCGCAGGGCGACCUGUACGAAAUUCUGCAGCAGAUCGGCGGCCGCAUGCCGCACGAACAGGUUGCUGACGGUGUGAUGCGGCCCUUCCUGGAGGCCCUGUCCUACCUUCACUCCAGGGGAGUCUGCCACCGGGAUAUUAAGCCCGAAAACAUUCUGCUUUCUCAGAACUGGCGGCUGCUGUUGGCGGAUUUCGGCGUCAGCAUCGACCUGAACCAGGAGCGAGCCGUCACCCGUGCCGGCACUGAGGGCUACAUGGCGCCCGAGCUGAUGAUGCACACACCACCACACUGCCCCCGCCCCGCACAGGAUAUUUGGGCCGGCGGCGUUCUGGCGUACGAGCUUAUGGUGGGCUUUCCGCCGGUAGUGAACGUUCCGGACGGCGAUUCCGUCAGUGGCUUCGUCCGCAGCCAGAUGACCCCUGCCUCGCUGCACUUCCCCGCCUCAGUGCCGCCCGCCGCACGUGACUUCGUGAUUGCGGCGCUGGCGCCAGAUCCCCUGGAGCGACCCACCGCGGCGCAGCUCCUGAGACACCCAUGGCUGCAGCCCAAGGCGGAUGAUGUGGAGGCAGACUAG